AUGCCAACACAUGGAGGUGCUUCAGUCAGUGCCAUUAAGGAGAGUGAUAAAGGUGAAUUGAUCCAUAAAGUUGAAGAAAUUCAAACUCCUAUCACCAUGAUAGGUACACAACUGCUGAAGAGUAGUUUGAUCACGGUGGAGUUAGUUGAUGAAGAAAAUGGUAAAGAUUUGAAGAAUUUUAUCCAACGAAUGUUGGAUCAAGGCAAAUUACAGAUUGAGCAUCGUGUCAAAGGUUUGAAAGAGAAAGAAAUAGCGGUGGUUGACAUUCCGUAUGACGCAGUCAAUGUGGAAAUCCCUAUAACCCCGUUGGUGAUAGAAUUUCCAGCACCCUUCGUAUAUGAGGACGAGAAGGCAGUACCUUGGAUAUAUCAGCCCAAAGCUUUUAAGCAGGGGAAGGAAGAUCGACCUUUGGUUAUCAAUGAAUCAAAUGUCACCUCAAUCAUAAGACCAGCUGGAAUGAUACGCAAUGGCCGAGUGUUUGCACCAAGGGUUGUUGAUACUUCUGCCAAGAUUAAAGGGAAAGAAGUUGCUACUCCCAUCCAAAUCCUUGUCCCUAAUCUAGAAAUUCAAGAAAUGCAUCUAUCUCCCAAAGUUGCAUUCACCCGUGAGGAGGCAGAGGAAUUUGUGAGGAUAAUAAAGAAAAGUGAUUACAAAGUAUUGGACCAAUUGAAUCAAACCCCUUCGAAAAUCUCCAUGUUGUCCUUACUGCUCAGCUCAAAAGCACAUAGAGACUCAUUGAUGAAGGUGCUAAGCGCUGCACAUAUCACAAAGGACAUAACGGUGGAGCAAUUUGAUGACGUGAUAGAUUGUGUGACCACCAGAAAAUUCUUGGGGUUUAAUGAUGAUGAGUUGUCGAUUGAAGGGAAGAAUCAUAACAAAGCUCUACAUAUCUCCUUAAGAUGCAUAGACAUUAUACUGUCAAGAGUGUUAGUAGACACAAGUUCCUCGUUGAAUGUCAUGCCAAAAACUACUUUGGUAAAACUACCGUUGGAAGGAAUGAAUAUGAAACCUAGCACUUUGAUAGUAAAAACGUUUUAUGGCUCAAGACGAGCAGUAAUAGGGGAGGUGGACUUACCAAUUAAGAUUGGCCCGACUAUCUUCACUAUUACAUUCCAAGUCAUGGACAUACACCCCAGAUAUAGUUGUUUACUUGGGAGACCGUGGAUUCAUUCUGCAGGCGCAGUCACUUCCACUUUACAUCAGAAGUUAAAAUUCAUCAUGAAUGACAAGAUGAUUGUGAUUAGAGGAGAAGAGGAUAUCCUGAUUAGCCACUUAACUUCUUUCAGAUAUAUUAAAAUGGACGGCGAGAACACUGAGACACCAUUCCAGUCCUUGGAGGUGGUAAAUGUAAUGGCCGUUCAGCAGACAUCUGAGUCACCAAAAUGA